AUGUUGGUGCACACAUACUCCGCCAUGGAGCGCCCCGACGGGCUGGGCGCAGCGGCUGGCGGGACCCGCCUGUCAUCUCUGCCCCAGGCGGCCUAUGGGCCCGCGCCGCCACUGUGUCACACUCCCGCCGCCUCUGCCACCGCGGACUAUCAUCCCCCCUACUUCCCACCGCCCUACCCGCAGGCACCGCUGCCCUACGGCCAGGGCCCCGACGCCGCCGCCGCCUUUCCGCACCUCGCCGCCGACCCCUACGGCGGCCUAGCGCCCUUGGCUCAACCGCAGCCCCCGCAGGCUGCCUGGGCCGCACCCCGCGCGGCCGCCCGUGCCCACGAUGAACCGCCCGGCUUGCUGGCGCCACCCGCCCGCGCUCUGGGUCUCGACCCGCGCCGAGACUACGCCGCUGCGGUUCCUCGGCUCCUGCACAGCCUGGCCGACGGCGCGCACGGCCUGGCCGAUGCUCCCCUCGGUCUUCCAGGGCUGGCGGAGCCGCCCGGUCUGGAGGAACUGCAGGCAAUAGAUGACCCUGGAAUGAGCCUCCUGGACCAAUCGGUGAUCAAGAAAGUCCCCAUUCCCUCCAAAGCCGGCAGCCUCUCCACCCUCUCACUGUCCAAAGACGGCCUGGUUGGCGGCAUCAGCAACCCCAGCGAGGUCUUCUGCUCCGUGCCUGGCCGGUUGUCCUUGCUCAGCUCAACAUCCAAGUACAAGGUGACCGUGGGGGAGGUGCAGCGGCGACUGUCACCUCCUGAGUGCCUCAACGCCUCCCUCCUGGGGGGUGUCCUCCGAAGGGCCAAGUCUAAGAACGGGGGCCGAUGUCUGCGGGAACGACUGGAGAAGAUCGGCCUCAACCUGCCUGCUGGUCGCCGGAAGGCAGCCAACGUGACUCUGCUGACCUCUCUGGUGGAAGGAGAAGCUGUGCACCUGGCUCGGGACUUUGGUUAUGUUUGUGAGACUGAGUUUCCAGCCAAGGCAGCUGCUGAGUUCCUAUGCCGACAGCAUGCUGACCCCGGGGAGCUGCACAGUCGCAAGAACAUGCUCCUGGCUGCCAAGCAGAUCUGUAAGGAGUUUGCAGACUUGAUGGCUCAGGACCGCUCCCCACUGGGCAACAGUCGCCCGGCACUCAUCCUGGAGCCUGGGGUACAGAGCUGUCUGACACACUUUAGCCUCAUCACUCACGGCUUUGGGGGACCUGCCAUCUGCGCUGCUCUUACUGCCUUCCAGAACUACCUGCUAGAGUCACUCAAAGGACUGGACAAGAUGUUCUUAAGCACUGCAGGCAGUGGGCAUGGAGAAACCAAGGCCUCAGAGAAGGACGCCAAGCACCGGAAGUAA